AUGGAUCUGGUUAGGAACCAACUUGCCACUGACAUUGCUCUAGAUUUUGGUGAGAUCUCCUCUCCACCGCCGUCACUCCCACUGCUGCACGGAUCCAUGGCGGAGUCCGCAAGUCUCCUCCAUGGCCUCCAGGAUGAGAUCUUCAUGUUUGAGAUCCUCGUUCGCCUGCCCCCCAAAUCCCUCCUUCACUGCUGUGCCGUCUGCCACGCCUGGCGCGGCGCCACCUCCGACCGCGACUUCCUUGUCGCCCACCACGCCCGCCAGCCCUCACUCCCUCUCCUUUACACUGAAAUUGAUGACCCGCCGUCCAUAGACAUCAUCACCCCCUUCCCCUGCGACCACCGGGCAGACGACAAGCUCCAGCCCGUUGCCCAACUCAGUGGUGCCCAUGACUUCUUUCCCGUGGCCUGCUGUGACGGCCUCCUUGUCUUCACCACCUGCGGGGGUGAACGCCUCUCCAUCUGCAACCCGGCCACUCGUCAGUAUGCUCGUCUCAACCAGCUUGAUGACUUCACGGUUUUGGGGAUGUACCCACACAGCCCUACCAGCGAGUACCGACUACUGCUCUGCGUCUGCCCGGAAACUGAUGCUCAAAGUGGCUUCUACGUCUUCACAUUAGGCUCUGACCAGCAGCCGAGGCACAUCGGGGCGCAUGCCAAGGGACUGUUGCAACACCAACCUGUCCUUUUCCGUGGUAGCCUGCAUUGGCACACAGAGCGACUGAUAAUGGUAUUUGACACCACCGCUGAGUUGUUCCGGCAGAUGCGCUCUCCGAUUGAUCCCGGCCAUGCCGAGGCUGACCUGUUUGAGAUGGGUGACUUGCUUGGCAUGUACAGUCUUAAUGAAGAAAAUACCAUUGUUCAUGUCUGGGUGAUGCAGGACUACGAAGGCCAAGUCUGGGCCUCCAAAGCCUGGCGGGUUCAAUUGCCGAUUGCAGAGCUAAGGGUGCUAUUAAAAAACUUUCGCGGUUUUUGGUGUGUGGAUGUUGCAUAUUGGGAUGGUGAUGUCCUCGUGCUGGUCGAUAUUGACAAGGACUCGCUACUUCAGUUUGACAUUGAUGGCAAGUUGGUUGCUAGUCUCCAUCGCAGAUUUCUCUGCUAG